CCGGUCCGACACAAGAUCGAGUUGAUAGAAGGUAGCACUCGUCCAAAAGGCUGUGUCUAUCGAAUGGGCUCAGGCGAAUUGGAGGAGUUGCAAAGACAAAUCGAUGACAUGAUUGAGAAGGGAUGGAUCAAGCCAAGCGAAUCCGAAUUCGGUGCACCAGUUCUGUUUGUCCCAAAGAAAGGAGGCAAACUACGGAUGUGUAUCGAUUACCGUGGACUAAAUAGAAUAACAAGAAAGAAAGUGUAUCCUUUGCCACGUAUUGAUGAUUUGCUUGAUGUUGCAGGUGUGUGCAAGAUCUUCAGCAAGAUCGAUCUCAAGUCUGGCUACCACCAGAUUGAAGUCGACCCUGCAGACCAGCACAAAACUGCAUUCAAAACCCGCGAUGGGUUGUACGAGUUCACCGUCAUGCCCUUCGGUCUCACGAAUGCACCGACCACCUUUCAAAGUCUCGUGGACAAAGUGUUUUGCAAUCAGAUCAACCAAUUUGUUGUUGUGUAUUUGGAUGACAUACUGAUCUUCAACAAGUCGAUGGAGGAGCACAUGAGACAUCUUGAGGAAGUGUUGCAGAUCCUCAAGGAUGCGCAACUCCAUCUCAACUUGGAGAAAUCUGAGUUUGGGAGGGACAGCGUCAUCUACCUUGGACAUCGGUUGUCAGCUGCAGGCCUAGAGCCCGAGGCAACCAAAGUUGAGGUCAUCCACAAAUGGCCUCAACCGGCGAAUGUCCACGAGUGGCGUUCUUUUCUUGGUUUUGCGUCAUACUACCGUAAGUUUGUACCCAACUUCUCUAUCAUUGCCCGGCCGCUGUCCAAAUUGACAAGCAAGAAUGUAUCCUAUGCAUGGAAUGAGGAAUGCACAACAGCCUUCCAAGCAUUGAAGGAGGCCUUGGCGAGUCAUCCGGUGCUCCGCAUUGCAGAUCCCAAACUUACAUUCGUAGUAACUACGGAUGCCAGUUUGUAUGGGAUUGGUGCAGUGCUGCAGCAAGAUGAUGGCUACGACUUACGUCCGCUCGAAUUCUACAACAAACGUAUGCCCAGUCACAAGGUAGCUGCCUCCACUUACAUGCGAGAGCUCUAUGCCUUGAGAGAGGCGCUAGAUCACUUGGGUCGCCAUUUCAAAGUGUUCUCAGACCACGAGACCUUGAAAUGGAUUCAGACACAGACCAAUCCCUCAACUACACUGACCCGCUGGCUGCAUGAGAUUGCUGUGUAUGAUUUCGAACUUAGGCACAAGAAAGAUUUUUACAAUCGUGUUGCGGAUGCUUUGUCUCGCCACCGUGAGUACAUGACUUGUCUUGUGGGUUCCUAUGAUCUCCGUAAGAAUUUGAAGGAGGAACUCAUUGAGCAUACUGCCAAGGACCCGGAACUCAGUCCUGUCCUUGAGCAGAUUCGGGCUGACCCUAGCAGUCAGCUUGAUUUCCAUGAGUGUAAGGGCUUACUUUUCCGACGUUACGGGAAGCACGACCGACUGUGUGUACCCAACCAUGAGCCGAUCCUUACUCACUUCUUGGACUUGGCUCAUGGCCGGAGUAGACACUUCGGUUUUGAGAAAACAUACGGAAGUCUGCUGCAAAAGUUUGUAUGGCCUGGAAUGAAAGGAAUGGCACGAAAGUUUGUGGCUGAGUGUGAAGUCUGUCAACGCAUCAAACCAUCUCGGCAAAAGCCCUAUGGGCUGCUGCAUCCUCUUCCUAUUCCUGAUGGCCCGGGUGAGUCUCUUUCCAUCGACUUCACGGACAUGGGGAAGAAGAGUAGGAAUGGAUAUUUGCAAGUAAUGGUGAUUGUUGACCGCUUUUCAAAAUUUCUGAAUCUGAUUCCAUUACCACCUCACGCCCCAACUGACCUUGUGAUCAAGGAGUUUCAUAAGAAGUACAUUCUGCAGUGUGGGCCCCCGAAAACUCUCAUGAGUGACCGGGACACUAGGUUCAUAAGUGCAGAUUGGAAGGACUUCACCUCCCAGAUCUAUGACAUCAAACUCAAGAUGACAUCUGGUCGACAUCCCGAAGCCAAUGGGCUGGCCGAGGAGAUCAACCAGAUUGUGAUCCAACUUCUCCGAGCUCUAAUUGUGCUUGAUCAAAACUCUUGGGAUGAGGAGUUGCCGAUUGUGCAGGGGUUUGCCACGUCAGCAACAGUGCCACGUCAGCAACAGUGCCACGUCAGCAACAGUGCCAUGUCAGCAACAGUGCCACGUCAGCAACAGUGCCACGUCAGCAGUGCCACAGUGCCACCUCAGCAGUGCCCCGCCACCAUGACGGGCUCAGUUCUGGGCAUGCCAGGCCAACUGACCAAUGAGUCCAUUGUCGAGUACCGACAGCGUUUCGAAGCUCAGCUCGCACUGAUCGAGGCUGAGGAACAGCGUCAGGUGGCAGCCGAGGCUGCCCGCCUACAAGCUGAAGCGGCGGCAACAGUUGAAAAGCAGCGGCUUCAAGCCGAAGCCGAAGUAGAUACCCAGGCACACCGCAAGGAGGCCCAGGAUCUAUGCCAGAUCUGGCUUAGCCACCUGGCAACCAUCCACGGCGUCGACGUCGCCGAUCUGCACACAAAGAUUCCUUGGGCAGACCUCACGAAGCUAUGGAAGAAGCGGUUCAUCGUGGACGACGCCCCGACGCUCGCCAUCAACUGCCUCUUCGCUAUGACGCAAGGCAACACAGCGACACGCGACUGGCUCAUGGAAUGGCAAAAGAUUGCGGCGACGCCCGAUAUCGAAUUGCCAUUUUCGCAUCUGCGCCGAAAGUUCUACAACUGGUCAUGUGCCGCCUUGAGCCUUGCACUUGGUGAUCAUGAGCAAUACGCGACCUUCGCCGAAAUCAUCGACAAGGCAAGGGAGAUCAUCAAGACCAAUAGGGCGGUUGCACACGAGAAGUCGGCAUGGCAGCCAACCUAUGUGGAGAAAGGAAAAUUUGGUCCGCGUUCGCAGCAUGUCGCUGCAGUCCACACGGACAACAUUGUGGAAGACCCGGCAGCCACCCAAGCAUCAUGUGAGGGAGAUCAGGUGGCUGCUGUCCAGCCGCGAAGCAACAACAACUCCCGAGGAAAAGGGAAGGCGAAAACCGCAUCGCCGGCCGGAAACGGACAGCCAGCACCAUGGGUCAAGUUUCACUUGACCGAGGCCGAAUACAAGUGGCGCGGCCGCCGGAGUUUGGACGAGCAUGUGGAGCACCUGCACACCGUUUUGGGGCGGCUACGACAAGCCAAGUACAAAGCCAACCGCGACAAAUGCGAAUUCGCGCGGCAAGAGCUGGGGUACUUGGGACAUUAUGUGGCACCGCAAGGCAUCCGUCCGCUUGCGGACAAGAUCGAAGCCAUCCGCGUAUGGCCCGAGCCCACCAACACCACGGACGUCCGUUCAUUCAUGGGGUUGGCAGGCUACUAUCAACGCUUCAUCACCGGCUACUCAAGGAUUGCCGCACCUAUGACGAGAUUACAAUCGCCAAAGGUGCCAUUCGUAUUCGAUGACGAUGCACUGUCUCCCAUCAAUUCACUUGAUGAUGCAAGGAAGGAGUUGCUCUUGUUCAUGAUGGCUCUCAAGCGAUGGCGGCACUUCCUCCUUGGGCGUCGUAGGUUCACAUGGGUCACGGACAACAACCCGUUGACCUACUACAAGACGCAGGAUACGGUGAGCAGCACGAUCGGACGAUGGAUGUACUUCAUCGACCAAUUUGACUUCACACCAAAACAUCUUCCCGGCCUCUCCAAUCGCACAGCAGAUGCACUCUCGCGAAGACCUGAUCUUUGCGCGAUGACACAUCAUGCUUUCGCAUUUGACGAGGAACUCCAGCGCCACUUCGUCCGGGGCUAUGAGUCUGAUCCGGAUUUCGCCACGUUGUAUGCGCAACUAUCUUCGGAUCACCCGCCGGCCAGCCACUAUCGCAUCAUCGACGGUUACUUGCUCCUCCACUCGAGAGGCAAGGACUUAUUGUGUGUCCCACGCGACCGUCGUCUUCGGACUCACCUUCUCGGUGAGUACCAUGACUCACAACUCGCCGGCCAUUUUGGAGUUAAUCGCACUAUUGCACGACUUCGGCAACGAUUCCGAUGGCCUGACCUCAUUACCGAUGUCACUCGGUAUUGCGGCUCUUGCGAAGUUUGCCGACGAAGCAAACCCCGCAACCGCAAUCCCUACGGCGAGUUGCGCCCAAUGCCUAUCCCACAGGAACCCGGCCUCUCCAUUGCCAUGGACGUCACCUGUCCGUUUCCCCGCGACCGGCUCGGGCACGACAGCAUCAUCACGGUCGUUGACCGUUUGAGUAAGUAUGCGCGAUUUCUUCCUUGCAAGUACUACGCCACGGCUCCCGAACUUGCGCGCCUCCUACACACCAGCUGGAUUUGCAGCCACGGUGUGCCGGAAGACAUCGUCAGCGACCGCGACACUCGCUUCAUGUCGGCAUUUUGGACUUCUCUCAUGCAGGAAUCCGGCACGAAGAUGAAACCAAGUUCGGCUCGGCAUCCACAAACGGACGGGCAAACGGAGCGGGCACAUCAAACCGCUCAAAUAAUGCUUCGUACGCUCAUCUGUCCGGAUCAGAAGGAUUGGGUUGACCGCCUCCCCGACAUCGAGUUCGCCUACAACACUUCGUUGCAUCCGGUGAUCGGCGUAACUCCAUUCGAGCUGCACCACGGUGGCCGGAAAGGGCCGUAUCUUCGCUGAUCUUCUCCUCGCACGAACAGCCGACAUAGACGUUGCUUGCUCCCCCACUUUCGUUCGGAAGUACAGGGAAUUGCCGUCUCAAGCCCGCGGGAACAUGCAAAAGGCUCAAGUCCGCAUGCAACAGCAAGCCAACAGGCAUCACGUGCCAUGUCCCAUCCGCGUCGGUGAUCUGGUGUGGGUCUCCGCGGAAGAGUUUGCACUCGAACAGGAUGUUUUACGCAAACUGCUUCCCAAGUGGUUUGGACCAUGGCCCGUAACAUCAGCCGCGGGCGAUGAGCCCGAUGGCCCCUCAUUUGUAAUCAACAUUCCCCCGCAUC